AUGUGGCCUGUCAGUGUGGAUUCGUGCUGCAGCGAUUGUACCUACACGCCGGUUUCUGACAUCCCUGCCCCCUCCCGAGUCCCACCCAUCGCCAGUUUGCCGUGGCAACCUAAGCUCAAUAUGAUGGAAGAGGCUAAAAAUGGCAGGCAAACGAACUUUUGUAGGGAGUGUGUGUGUGAAGCAACCUUGUCGCAGCAAAAGCGUCCAAGGGCUAUGCCCAACCUUCGCAGUAAAUCACAUCCAGCCCGGAAAGGAGGCCGAGUCGUUGCUUCAGCUGCCCCACUUUGA